GCUCUACCAAUAUAUUCGGGGCGAGCAAGCCAGCGACAACCCAGGGCGGACUGAGCUCAGGGGGGAGCAUGUUCGGUACUCAGAGUACCAAUGCACCUGCAGGCGGAGGACUAUUUGGCAGCACCAACACGGCUACCACUACUGGGGGCGGCAUGUUCGGGCAGCAAAAUACGACUACGGGAUUCGGCGCACAACCUGCUGCGACCCAAACGGCGCAUUCGGACCCGAUUGUGAACGAAAUUACAAAAUUAAGGACAGUUUAUGACGAAUCGGAUUUCAAUCCGAACUACCGCUUCAAGUUCGCGUUCUACAGUGCACUCAAGGAUGAGAUUCUGAGCAAUCUAGGCCCGAACGAUAUUGUACAGGACAAAUUAACAGAGGACGUUAACUGGGAUGACGAAACUAGACAG